AUGGCGUCCGCGAGCGGCCGCGUCGACCAGUCGCCGCCGGUCACGCUCGGGUUCGCGGGAAGAAUGGUGAACGGCGGCGAGCGGCUGGACCACUACACGACGAAAGUCGGCGGCGCGCCGGACUGGCCGCCGCCGUCGUCGUCGUCGUUGUCGUCGUCGUCUCCCCACUCUCCCCCGUCUCCCCAUCCUCCGCCGCCGCCGAGCGAGAUGUUCUCGUGCGGCGUCUGCGGCGCGGUCAUGACGCUCGUCGCGCAAGCGCACGCGCCGGUGCACGUCCCCGGCGCGCCACCAUCCGCGGCGGACCGGACGCUGUACGUCUUUCACUGCUUCGACGCGAGAUGCGCUUCGGGGCGCGGCGGCGCGCACGCGCGCGGGCGGUGGCGAGCGGUGCGCGCGCAGCGCCGCGUCGAGUGCGCGGCGGAGAUCGCGAUGGUCGCGGCGGCGGAGACGGCGACGGCGGCGGCGGCGGCGGCGACGGCGACGACGGCGGCGGCGGCGGCGGCGACGGACGACGACUGGGGCGCGGCGGGCGCGGACGAUUGGGGCGGCGGCGGCGGCGGGAAGGACGACCCCGCGGACGAGGAGAUGGACGCUCUCGCGAAAGCGCUCGACGCCGCCGCGUCGCUCGCCGCGUCCGAGCCGUCGUCGUCCAAGGGACCCAAGGGACCCAAGGGAAAGGACGAAAAGGACGACCGCGACGGCGACCGCGCCGCCGACGUCGACGAAGGGCUCCUCGCGACGGCGGCGCGCGCGCGUCGGGCGUGGCCCGCGGCGACGCUGCCGGAGUUUUACGUCGUCGCGGACCGAGAGCCGGACGCGCGCGCGGCGAGCGCGAUGACCGAGCGCGAGCGCGCGGACACGGAGCGCCUGCUCGCGUCCUACGCCGCCGCGGAGGGCAUCGCCGCGAGCUCGGACGCGGCGGCGGCGGCGGCGGCGGCGGCGGCGACCAAAGACUGGAGCGGCGAGGCAUACGAGAACGGCGCGAACUCGAGCGGGCUGGACAAGAAGUAUCUCAAGUUCAGCAAGCGCCUUCGACGCGCGCCGGAGCAGUGCUUCCGGUACGCGCCGCCGGCGCACGGCGGCCCGGGCGAGAACGCGUGUCUGUGGCCGACGGACGGCGCCGCGCCGGAGACGCGCGCGACGCGGUGCGAACGCUGCGGCGGCGCGCGCGUCUGCGAGCUGCAGCUCAUGCCGCCGCUGCUGCACUUCGUCUCCGAAGCCGCGGCGUGGAGCGCCGAGGGAGCGGGAGGGGCGGGGGCGGGGACGGGGCGCGAGGUGCCGUCGGACGCGAUAGACGCGUGGGACUGGCAGACGGUGGCCGCCUUCGCGUGCGCGCGCGCGUGCGACGACGACGGCGGCGGCGGCGGCGGCGGCGGAGUGACGUACGCGGAGGAGUGGGUGGACGUCGCGGAGGGCGACGGCGGCGUCGGCGCGCUUCUGGGGUUCGUGCCCACGGCGGAGAUGGAGGAGGCGCUCGCGCCCGCGCCCGCGCAGGAGUGUUCGUAG